AUGCCCAUUUGUAUUGUAUUUGAUGCAAGUGCCCGAAUGGACGAGCAGGCCCCUAGUCUGAAUGAUUGCUUAUACUCUGGCCCAUCCUUGACUAGUCAUCUAACUGACUUGUUGCUGAAAUUCCGUCUCGACCCAUUUGCGGUAUCGGCAGACAUCAGCAAAGCCUUCUUACGGGUAGGUCUCCAACCUAGGGAUCGUGAUUAUACACGUUUCAUUUGGCUAAAAGAUCUUAACAAUGAAAAGGACCUUCAAGCCUAUAGGUUUAGAUCAGUUCUCUUUGGAGCCACCUGCUCGCCUUUUCUACUCCAGUCGACCUUGCAACAUCACUUUGAAACCUACCCUAAUUCACCUGAAGUUAGUUUCCUCAUGACCAAAUUUUAUGUGGACAGCUUAAUUGGUUCCUUGCCUACAACAGUCAGCCUCUACAGCCUUUACAAGGUUGCAAAGGAAGUUCUGUCAGAUGCCGGAAUGCCUUUAAGAGAAUUGAUCAGUAAUGAUCCAACCUUCAACGAAAUGGUAAAACAAGAAGGUGAUGAAACAACAGAAGGCUCAGAUCUUGUCAAAGUUCUAGGACUUCAUUGGAACUACAAGACGGACCACUUAAGCAUAAAACCCCCUACCUUUGAGAACGCUCCGCUUACCAAACGGCUACUUUUGAGCAACCUUUCAAAAGUAUUUGACCCUCUAGGAUUGUUUGCUCCCAUAGUUGUACGAGCCAAAGUUCUUAUGCAAAAGGUCUGGAAACUAUCUAAAAGGUGGGAUGAUGUUUUGCCACCAGAACUUCAAGAAGAGUGGUCGAAGAUCAAGAAAGACCUUGGGAACAUAUCUUACCAGGAAUUCCCACACUCCACAGCCAACAGAGGGACUAACUACUCUCUUUACAUAUUCUGUGAUGCUAGUGAAAGGGCCUAUGGGGCUGCAGCCUAUUUGAUGGACCAAUAG